AAAAUGAUGCACCCUGUUGCCAGCGGUAAUGCAGCUUUCUGUGGGACCGGCAAGAGCUCUUGCCUUAACGAAGACAACGUGAGAGCUGCCGACCAGUUUGACUUGUAUGCCACGCAGCAAAGUAAAUACAGCCACGCAGUCAGCCACAAACCAAUCGCGUGCCAGAGACAAGAUGCGCUGAAUGAAUCGCACCUGCAGACCACGAGCGGCAGGAAUAUAGAAACAAAAGAUGAACUAAAGAAAAAGAAAAACCUCAACCGAUCCGGGAAACGUGGGAGGCCGUCAGGGACCACAAAAUCAGCAGGGUACCGAACCAGCACGGGUCGACCCCUGGGGACCACCAAAGCAGCUGGAUUUAAGACAAGUCCAGGCAGACCCUUGGGCACAACUAAAGCAGCAGGAUACAAAGUCAGCCCAGGCAGACCUCCAGGAAAAAAGCAGCAAGCCUUCAGGUGUUCCAGUGAUGCCUAACACAUAAUGAGCUGGACUUUAUGCUGUACUUUACAAUAGGUGUGUUGAAUUGUUUUUGGGGAACUGUGUAUGCACUGGCAACUAAGACAAUGAACCUCAACUGUACUGGAUGGCUCCUUAGUCGAUAUAUGAAUUAACGGCAGCUAAACUGCUACUAAAAAUAGUUCCUUCAUGCUGAAGCUAUGAAAUCCAGUGAUACGUUCUGUUCCUCAGCAAACUCACAAGUCUGAAAUUUAGCGAUCUUUCUCAGAACGAUGUAACUUCUGACACAUGCAAAAUGCUAACGUGAGUUAAUUCACCCUCAGGAUCUGUGUUGUAUUGGCUGUUUUUAAUGAGAUGAUUUUUCAACAAAAGACUGCUUUAAGUUCUUUCCUGAUCUCAGCUGGGAAAGCAGUCCUCUUCAGCUGAAUGUAGUACCCGCAGGAGCGUCACACCUCGCUGGCAAGGAACGUGUUGCAUGUCACCAUUGUACCUUGGAGAAGCUCCACUUACCUCCUUCUGUUUACCCUGUUUGCUCCUGUUCCGUUUCUCACUCGUGCAUCUACUCGAUGGUGCUGUGCUGUGUGUCAGGAGAUAAUGCAGCUGUAUCACUGUUCUGCUAGUAUAAUGAAUUUUGUAAUCAAGUAUGCUGAUGAAAUAAUGAAAUCAUCUAAGCAAUUUCUGUUCAUUACAGUGUUUAUUAAUGAUCUCAAAUGAAAUAUAAUCCCAGUAAAAAAAAAAAAAAAAAAAAGUUAACAUUGUCAAUUGUGAAAUGAGGAGCAUAAAGUAGAAAAGUGUUCAGGGAGCCUGUAAAGGGCUGCGUGGCACCUGGGAUGUGGCCAGGAGACCAGCAGUGUGCUGCUGGGCAUUUCCUCAUUCUGCUUUAUUUAGAGCUGACUGUAGUCUGCUGGCGCCAUGCUGUGAGGGGAAGAAAAUGGAAGUAAGACAUUGGAAGUGAAAUACGAAUGGAAUUUGCAAAUGCUUCUGCUUUGCCUCUGUAUCAUCUACAGAGUACAUUGUGCUUUUUAAAAAAAAACAACCAAACAACACUUUUCUUUCCACGUAAACACUGAAGCAGCAUGUUAAUGCCUAAACGUUACUAGUACCAGUGGGAAAACUGGACUUUUCCCCCGUAGUAUGAAAACAUAACUUGUAAGGUAAAUUGCUUAUUUUAUAUUCUAUAUCAUAAUUCAGCUAUUCAUAAGCUAGGAUCACUGUUGUGUGCUAACACUGUUCAGAAGAUCUACAUGUCAAGUUUGCUUUUUAAUGAUUUCUUUUAAUUAUCAAGUUUCUAGCAUCUUAUUUAUACAUGAAUGAAAUGUAUUCACUUGCUAUUACUCCUUGAUGAUGCUAUACAAGUUCACUGUUUAAUAUACAUAGAGUAACGACUAUUCAGUUUCUGAUGAAAUUUACUUAAACUUUAAAACCAAAUAGUUUUGCUACUAUAAAGUCUUGCACUGGACAUAUUCAAGAUGAUAGCACCGUAUUUUGGCAGAAAAAAACAGAUACCAUCCGAAGAGGCUAACUAUGAAAUGUAAUGCAGUAUUUUUAAAAUCAGCUGGUAGCCUUGUUGUUAAAGCAGGGUUCUUUCUAUCUUGGAUUCAGUUUAAUCAAAAUAACUAUGUAUCAAGAGCCAUUAAAGAUCUCUGUUUUGAAGGAAUAUAUUUUCAUUUCAUCUGAAAGAUCUGAGAGUUUGGUCAGGGCAAGACCAAGCUUUGUCAGUGGAAAGUGAUGUGUCUAUGAAAGGAAUUACUUGGAACUACAGUACCCAGAGUAAUUCAGAUGUGAAUUGAACUCCCUUCCCCCUUCUCGAAGAGCUUUAAAAGGCAGAGUGAAAUGAAGUCAUUUGUCUGCUGGCUUCGUUACCGAGACUCUGCUAUUCUUUAUUAUAUGUAUAAUAACAUUUCAUGCUAUCCCUAGAGUUGACAGUUAAAACAAUUGAUAACAAUCAUAAAUACUUUGAACUGCAGACUUAAUUUCUGACCACAAAAGAAGUUUAUUCUUCUCUAUUUUAAUGCAUAUAUUUUAACACUGCUUAAAUAUAUUUAUGACUUUAGUAGAGACUAGACUUUUCUCUUUAUGAUUUUUUUUUCAAAUAGAUAAGUCUGUGUUCUGAAGUUUGAACCACUUUCUGAUACUUUAACCUUUCAUCGUUUGCUUUUCCACAGGUUUACUUUGGGGAAACAGUAAUCUGUUAAAUAUCUAGUAUCAGCACCCUGUCCUCUGCUGUAAAAAGCCUGAUUAGAUACUGUGUAUGUUUUUAUGUCCAUGAACUUGAGCUACUCGUGUGCAAUUAUGUGUAUGGGAAUGGAGUAGUGUUCAUGAUCUGUAUUUACAUCAUCAUAUGGAUGUAUAUUUAUUAAUAAAGUUAAUACUUUAAAACCUAA